AUGGGCUUCGGGCCGGAGCUGUGGUGCCCGCAGGGGCACAGCGCGCUGCUGCGGCUGCAGGACAGCGAGCUGCGCCUGCUGGAGCUCAUGAGGAAGUGGAUGUCGCAGCGCGCCAAGAGCGACCGCGAGUACGCGGGGCUGCUGCACCACAUGUUCUCCCAGCUGGAGAAGCAGGAGGGCGCGGGGCCGGCGCGCGCCGGCGAUUAUGGGGCCACCAAGAGGUGUUAUGGGGCCACCACCACCUGUUAUGGGGCCACCAAGAGGUGUUAUGGAGCCACCAAGAGGUGUUAUGGGGCCACCAAGAGGUGUUAUGGGGCCACCACCACCUGUUAUGGAGCCACCACCACCCGUUAUGGGGCCACCACCACCUGUUAUGGAGCCACCACCACCCGUUAUGGGGCCACCACCACCUGUUAUGGAGCCACCACCACCCGUUAUGGGGCCACCACCACCUGUUAUGGAGCCACCACCACCCGUUAUGGGGCCACCACCACCUGUUAUGGAGCCACCACCACCCGUUAUGGGGCCACCACCACCUGUUAUGGAGCCACCACCACCCGUUAUGGGGCCACCACCACCUGUUAUGGAGCCACCACCACCCGUUAUGGGGCCACCACCACCUGUUAUGGAGCCACCAAUGCCACUUAUGGGGCCACCAAGAGGUGUUAUGGAGCCACCACCACCUGUUAUGGGGCCACCAAUGCCACUUAUGGGGCCACCAAGAGGUGUUAUGGAGCCACCAACGGGUGUUACGGGGCCACCACCACCUGUUAUGGGGCCACCAAGAGGUGUUAUGGGGCCACCACCACCAGUUAUGGAGCCACCACCACGUGUUAUGGAGCCACCACCACCUGUUAUGGGGCCACCAGCACCAGUUAUGGGGCCACCAAUGCCACUUAUGGAGCCACCAAAAGGUGUUAUGGAGCCACCACCACCUGUUAUGGGGCCACCAAUGCCACUUAUGGGGCCACCAAGAGGUGUUAUGGAGCCACCAACGGGUGUUACGGGGCCACCACCACCUGUUAUGGGGCCACCAAGAGGUGUUAUGGGGCCACCAGCACCACCUAUGGGGCCACCAACAGGCGUUAUGGAGCCACCAACACCAGUCAUGGCGCCACCACCAGUUAUGGGGCCACCAACACCUGUUAUGUUGUGGGGCUACCAACACUGCUCAUGUUGCCACCGACACCGGUUAUGGGGCCCCCGUGCAUGGUGCCGGAGCUGGUGCAGGGCGGCGACUUCCUGAGCUUCCUGCGCAGCGAGGGGACCCAGCUCAAGGUGAAGGAGCUCAUCAAGAUGACGGAGAACGCAGCCGCCGGCAUGGAGUACCUGGAGAGCAAGCACUGCAUCCACAGGGACCUGGCCGCACGCAACUGCCUAGUGACAGAGAAGAACACGCUGAAGAUCAGCGACUUCGGCAUGUCGCGGGAGGAGGAGGACGGUGUCUACGCCUCCACGGGCGGCAUGAAGCAGAUCCCCGUGAAGUGGACUGCCCCAGAAGCCCUCAACUAC